AUGAACGUCUUUAGAGGCCGAACAGCAUGGCUAGCCCUCGCCAUAGCGAGCGGCGCCUGCGCAUCCUUCAAUGGCGUUUUCGCGAAGCUCACGACCACCGAGCUUACAACCACCUGGGCCUCCGCCCUCUCCACCUUCCUCUCCCUCAGCCCCACCAACAAACCCAUCGAGUACCUCUUCCGCGGCUUCUUCUUCGCCCUGAACCUCCUCUUCAACGCCAUAAUGUGGGCCCUCUUCACACGCGCCCUGACGCUCGCCUCCUCAACCGUGAGGGUCAGCAUCAUCAAUACCUCGGCGAACUUCAUGUUGACAGCUGUAUUGGGCGCGCUCAUCUUUUCUGAGACGCUGCCGGGGCUUUGGUGGGUCGGGGCUGGGAUGCUUGUGGUUGGGAGCGUCGUUAUUGGGGGACGGGAGGAGGGGGAGGGGAAGAAGGUUGGGAGUACGGGGAUGGAGGGGACGGAGGGAGAGGCGGGGGAUAGGUUUAGGGAUGAGCCGGCGAUAGGGGAUGGGGAGGAGGAAGAGGGGGCGAAGGCUAGUUUGGAGCUGGGGAGGGUAAGUGCGGAUGGGGAUAGAAGGUAG